ACUGAACCCCCAAACAGAUGCCCCCUCUCUUUCCCAAUUCCCCAACUAGUUGGACUAAGGAAAGACGGGAAGAAAGAAAAAGAAAGAAUUAAGCCAAACCCUCUCCCUCCUCUCUCUGAGUCGCUCUCCCCUCCAUUUUCCUACCUUUUUACACGGAAUUCAUUGCACUGUUUACUCAUUUGUGCUUUAGCUGCCCCACAAAUACGUUGCCAUCACUGGGGUUAAAGGGUAAUUCCUCAGUCUUCCACAUUGUCCAUAGUCACCAAUCACUUCUGCGCAAGCCGCCUCAUAACUCAGUUUCUCACAGACCGUCCUCCACCUAGAGAGAGAGAGAGAGAGAGAGAGAGAGACAGAAAGAGCUAACUCAAGUUGGGCUUUAAGAGGGAGGGAAAAAUGAGUGAGUUGAAGACUAGAUAGCUAGAUAGAUAGAGUGGAGAGAGAGAGAGGAGGGGGGCUUAAUGAACUUGCCAAAGAGGGGGAAAUGAAGAAUUGAAGAGUUGAACCCUCUGGGAAUGGCAAGUUGAGUUCAGGGUUUCGAAAAUCGCAAUCCAAGACGUGUAUGGUGAGUUGUUUUUGGUUUAACUCUUGUUCUUUUUCAUUUAUAUUCUUUAUCUUGGGGGGCUGAAACCAUCUUGAACACCGACAUGUCCCCUCCCCGAAAAGCUAGGCUACUAUCCUCUCGUAACGCUCUCUGAAAAGCUAACCAUUAAAACCCCAAAAACGAACUUUUCUUGUUCUUCUUUCCCUUCAAUUAUCUCUUGUGAAAGCUGACACAUUUCCCAUCUCUCUCUAACUCUUUGCUUCCUUUGUCUGUUUAUCUAUUAUUCUUUGAUGUUUGCUGUUGACAGAUCAUUAGUUGCAAUCAUACGGACAAAUUAAAAAGACGAGCCGUUACGUCGCCGGAACAAGGCGGAGAAAGGGGUUUGUCUUGAAAGUUUGCGACUUUGACAAAAUGUGGAAUAUGAAUGGGGAACCCCUCAGCAAUAAUACUAUCGGGUGAAGAGCCUAACCAAGAAUCCGACCCGAAUCGUCAUUUCGAUCACUAUGCCACCACUACCACCACCCAGCAAUCUUUCAACGAAACUCUCCUUUCCCAUCAACACAGCACUGCCUUUUCUCACCAACACCAUUUCCAUAACCCUAACCAAGCUCAAGCUCAACCCCAACCCCACGCCCCUCUUCACUCCCUAUACGACCCACGCGCCUACUCUGGCACGUCGGCUUACUCCACACCCCACCCUUCCUUGCUCUCCCUGGACCCGGUUUCCGGCGCCGGAGGAAGCGGAGGCGGUUACUUUCUGGUUCCCAAGACGGAGGAAGUUUCCAGACCUGUUGACUUCACAGCGAGGAUUGGUCUCAACUUAGGUGGCCGUACGUAUUUUUCCUCCGCCGAGGAUGACUUUGUGAACCGCCUUUAUCGCAGGUCUAGACCGGGAGAUCCUAGUUCGACCAACUCCCCUAGGUGCCAAGCCGAGGGCUGCAAUGCCGAUCUUACCCACGCCAAGCACUACCAUCGCCGCCACAAAGUCUGCGAGUUCCAUUCCAAGGCUUCCACCGUCAUCGCCGCAGGGUUGACUCAACGAUUCUGCCAGCAGUGCAGCAGAUUCCAUCUCCUCUCGGAGUUCGACAACGGAAAGCGUAGCUGUAGAAAGAGAUUGGCCGAUCACAAUCGUCGCCGGCGAAAGUCUCAACAACAACAACAACAACAGCCCAAUAAUCAAGAAAACCAGAAGCCCCUCCUGCACGAAAAUGGCCGCAAUUCCUCGGCUGAAAACCCCCCAAGGUCGCCGCCGGAUUCUGGGAUUCAGUCUUCUUCUUCCGUGACGGUGGCAGUUUCGCCACCACGGAUGUCAUUGGAUUGUUUCAGGCAAAGACCUUACAAUGCAACGGCAUCUUCAUCAUCAUCAAGCACACUUUUUUUCUCAAGUGGGUAACUAGAAAUCUCAAUAAGUAAUGCCGUUGAAACGUAUGGAGAUGGGAGAGAAGCCAUGGAAAUUAAGCUUAUGCAAAUAACAAGUUGAUUAAAUGUCUCUAGUGUUCUUCUCUUCACUUUUUUCUCUGAAAUUUCAAUGUUUAAUAUCAGUUUGUGUUGGCUUAUGCUAACAUCAAAAAAAAUUUGGACUGAUAGAGCAUCUAAAAUAUAUAUAUAUAUAUAUAUAUAUUUGCUGCAAAUAUAUUCCCAAUUAUGUACUAAAAUUCUUGUUCCCAAUGUUUGUAUUCUGUGCAUGGAAUAUAAUUUUGGAAGAGAUGGGAAGUCGGACAGACAUUGAUCGAAGCAA